UCCACAACCAUGAAGUCUCUGGUCUUUGCUGCCGUCCUGGCUGCCUUCUGCUUGGUAGCCACAAGCGCUGUUCCUGCUCCAGAUGCCGAGCCUGGCCACUUUGGAGGCUUCAGAGGAGGUUUUGGAGGCUUCCGGGGAGGAUAUGGUGGUUUCGGCUACAGAGGAAAGAGAAGUGCUGAAGCUGACCCAGAAGCUAUCGCUGAACCUGAAGCUGAUCCCGGUCGUUUCGGUCAUGGUGGCUUUGGAGGCUUCGGAGGUUUUGGAGGUUUCAGAGGAGGAUAUGGUGGCUUUGGAUACCGAGGGAAGAGAAGCGCUGAAGCUGACCCAGAAGCUCUAGCUGAGCCUGAAGCUGAUCCCGGUCGUUUCGGUCAUGGUGGUUUUGGAGGCUUCGGAGGUUUUGGAGGCUUCAGAGGAGGAUAUGGUGGCUUUGGAUACCGAGGGAAGAGAAGCGCUGAAGCUGACCCAGAAGCUCUAGCUGAGCCUGAAGCUGAUCCCGGUCGUUUCGGUCAUGGUGGUUUUGGAGGCUUCGGAGGUUUUGGAGGCUUCAGAGGAGGAUAUGGUGGCUUUGGAUACCGAGGGAAGAGAAGCGCUGAAGCUCUCGCUGAGCCUGAAGCUGAUCCAGGUCACUUUGGUCGUGGUGGCUUUGGAGGAGGCUUCGGUGGUUUUGGAGGCUUUGGAGGCUUCCGACGCCCUUACUAUGGAUAAAAACCUGCUUCUUCGCUCGACAUUCUUUCUUGACUAUGACUGACCAUCACAAAAUGUAUUUUUGUUAAUGCAAUAAAGCAAUUGUUAUGUUUUAAA